AAGGAAAAGAAGAAAUGGUGAAUAAGAAAUGAAAACAGAGCGUGCAGACAGCCCAUGCAUGGAGCAUGGUUACAUUUCUUAGUUUCAAGAGAAAUUUGAAAUAAGGAUUGUGUGUUCUUGUUUAAUCGUGUUGGAGCAUCUUACCGAAUGAAAAGAUGCAGGUGACAGACCACAAUAAUGUCAAAAUUUACAACCUUAGUGCUGGCAAAUCACUCCCUGAGUGGUUAUCAGAUAGAAAGAGAAGGCACUUACAAAAGAGUAAUGUUGACAUACGCAGACGUAUUGAACUUAUUCAAGACUUCGAUAUGCCAGGCCUUAGUACAUCCAUACGCCUCUCUAAAGAUGGGCAGUUCCUAAUGGUCACAGGAAUUUAUAAACCUCGGGUGAAAUGUUUUGAUGUUCACCAAUUGUCUCAAAAAUUUGAGAGAUGUUUUGACUCAGAAGUAGUAACAUUUGAAAUUCUUUCUGAUGAUUAUACAAAGAUGGUGUUCCUUCAGUGUGACCGAUAUGUAGAAAUCCAUUCUGGCCCAGGCCGCUACUACCGUCUUAGAAUACCUAAAUUUGGACAUGACAUGAAGUAUCAUUAUCCCUCCUGUGAUGUAUUUUUAGUUGGUUCAAGUCCAGAUAUCUAUCGAUUGAAUUUAGAAAGAGGACAGUACAUGAGUCCUUUCACUUCAGAAUCUUCCGAUAUUAUGUGUUGUAAUAUUAAUCCUGUUCACCACCUUCUUGUGUGUGGUACAAAAGAAGGGAAAAUUGAGGCCUGGGAUCCACGAUCUCGCUCUCGUGUUGGCAUUUUGGAUUGUGCUUUGGAUGUUGUUGCAGAGAACAAGCUAGAGACAUUUCCAUCAGUGACCCAUGUCUCAUUCAAUGGGGCUCUUACCAUGGGAGUAGGUACUGCAACAGGACAAAUUUUACUCUAUGAUAUUAGAGCUAACAAACCAUUUCAGACAAAAGAUCAUAUGUACAACUUGCCCAUCAAGAACAUAGCUUUCCAUCAACAGCAAGAUCUAGUACUUUCAAUGGACAGUUCUGUUGUUAAAAUAUGGGAUCGUAAUAAUGGAAAGAUAUUCACGUCUAUUGAGGCAAGUUCUCAGUUCAAUGAUCUUUGUUUAGUACCCAAUUCUGGAAUGUUCUUCCUUGCUACCGAGAGCCCCAAGAUGCAAACAUUCUAUAUUCCUAGCCUGGGUCCUGCCCCAAGAUGGUGCAGUUUCCUGGACAACCUCACUGAGGAAAUGGAAGAGAGCAGAACAGAAACUAUGUAUGAUGAUUACAAGUUUGUCACUAAGCGGGAGCUGGAAGAUCUGGGCUUGGAUCACCUCAUUGGAACUAAUCUUCUCAGAGCAUAUAUGCAUGGAUACUUCAUGGAUAUCAGAUUAUACAAAAAGGCUAGGACUGUGGCUGAUCCAUUUGAGUUUGAACAGUACAGAAAGAAGAAGAUAAAGGAAAAGAUUGAGGAAGAGCGAACAAACAGAGUUGUUUUGCAGAAAUUACCUAAGGUUAACAAAGAUUUAGCUAUGAAGAUGAUGGAUGAAACUAACAAGAAAAAUAAGCAAGGAUCCAACUUACUCAAAGAUGAUCGUUUCAAAGCUCUGUUUGAGAACCCUGAGUUCCAGGUUGACAAAAAUGCUGAAGAGUAUAGGCUACUGAACCCAGUAUUAUCAAGAGUUGAUAGGACGAAUAAGAAGGAAACAAAGAAACAAGCAAUGAGCCAGACUCAAUUUGAAGAGGUGGAUGAUGGGGAGGAUGAAAAACCACAGUCUGAUGGUGAAUCUGACUUUGCAUCAAGUUCAGAUGAUGACAACGAAUGGAAGAAGGAAGUGCAGAUGCAGCACCGCCUGAUCCGUAAAGAACGGAAAGUAAAAGAGAUAGAAGAGAGAGAGAUGAGUAGACAAUCAUCAGAAGGAACUAGUAGCAAUACAAAGCAGCCAAAAUUCUUCGAACUUCGUCCAGGAGAAGAAUUCAAGGGAAUCAGGCAAGGAAUGAAGCGGAAACAAGUAUUGAAAACAAGUUUGGGGGAGCGUUUGGAGCGUGAGGAUCAUUCAGUUGCAAAGAUAGGCUUCUCUGGGAACAGGGAGAUGACAUUCAGUACACUAAAGGUGAAACGGGAUGACAAAGAGGAUGAGAAGAUGAGAAAACACAGGCAGGAGAGGAAGAAACUCAUCAGACCAGGUCUUAGAGGACGUCCUAGUGUUUGGAGAAAAUAAUUUACCUUUUAUCAUAGAAUAAAUUACAUAUUUUUCUUAUGUUA